UCAUGCAGGCAACAUAACACCAUCCUUUAUUCUUCAGGGCAAGGAAAAGAAACCAGGAGAAACAUUUUGGCUUAUCUUUGCACAUAGCUAUGCUUUUAUUUAUUUGAAUUUUUCAUGUUUUGCCGUUUUUCCACCUCAGUGGCUGCCAGGUUUGAGUCAUAUGACUUUAACAGGAAGUGUGAUUCCCUGUGUUUCCCCACUACUUCUUCUGUCAGACACGUGAGAUGAGGUUUUCCCUCCCUGCGUUCAGUACCAAGGGCUGUGGGUGUUACUGCUCUGCACUUCCCAGAGAUCAUCUGCCAAUGGAGGGUUUCCUGUUAAAAGAAGUUGCUUUCCCGUAGGGUGAAGAUGUUUCACUUUACCGAAACAUCGGGAAACUGUCAAAAAACACAUCCAGUGCAUCUUAGAACUUAAGCACAGCUAGCUUUCAUCAAUUACUUUUUAUAGCAUUCAGAGAUAAGCAAAGCAGACAUUUAUUAAAUACGGCAUCCCUUCAAACCUAUUAUGGGUGUUCCCAAAGUGUGUGCGCAAAGGUGUGUCUUCCAGCAGUUGAAUCUCUGCUUUUCACUCCCAGAGUGUGUCAGACACCUGCUUGGUUGUUGGAUUGUAUAAUUGUAGUAAAAGUAUAUUGUCAGUGCUGGACAGUGAAUGUGAGGGUCUGGAUCAGUCGCUGUUGAUAUGCAGAUUAACGGCGUCAUCAUGCAUGUUGUCCCUAAACUGCGAUGCAAGAGGGUGACACCUUUACGACAAACAUCCGUUGUCUUUUUAAUUUGCAUUCCACCAGCGUGACAUUUCCAUCUCUCUUGUCCCGUGAGAUGUGAACACCUGGUUAUCCACAAUCACACACCCUGUGGAUUUGCGGAUAACACAAUUACAAUUGGAUUCAUAUCGAGUUCUUUAAUGUCUCCAACUUUGAACACAUUUGAAGUGGCCGUGUAGUAAGAAGCUUGUUAUGUCGUUAUUGCUCAUUAUGAGGUAUCUCAAGACCCGUACUCGCGCAGUUAAUGAGUUUUUGGAUGAUGUAUUUGUCUUGGCCAAAUUGAGUCAAAUCACCCAGAAAGGAUUUUAAUGGGCAUGUAUUGCUAUAAUCUGUGAGGAUAUUGGAGUAAAUGUCUUUCUUAAAAGCCCCAUAACAGUAGUCUCGGAAGGAGAUAGUGGAGUGUUUGCUUAUUCUCAUUUAAAGAAUUUAAAGGCUGUGAGCAAAAGUCUCCUGAAACCUUUUCAGCCGCAGCUGCCCUAAAGUGCCCGGAGACACCCGAGGGUCCUUCAGAGGACUUCGGGGGGGAGUUCCGGUAAAAUGUGGAUUAGUGCAAUUUGCUUAAAAUUCAUAAAAGAAAAUCCCUGGAUAUCAUCCACGUUAGGAUGUGUAUAUAGAAUAUAAAAAUACCAUAUAGACCGUUCUACCACCACAACAUACUCAGUUACCAGAUCUCUUUGGAGCACUCGUCACCAUCAUCAUCAAACCACCAACAGAAUAUACAAUAUAUGCCGAGCAGCAUUGAAACCAUGCUGGCAGCCCAGCAGCUUUUUCCUUUAAUUCAACACCCAUCUGUAUGUGUCUAUUUGACAGAUAAGAAAUGUCCAUUUGAAUCUUUCAUUCAUAAGAUUAUAUGUUGGCUAAUACUUCCCAUUAUCUAUCUCUACCUGCCCGUUCUCCCCCCCAGGCAUCAUGUCCACUAUGUAAUCCCAUAUGAUGGGGACCAUUCCUUGGUGGACUCGUCGGAGAACUACUUUGUGAGCGAGAGUGUGACCAAGCAGGAGAUGGACUUGAUGCUGGGGCUGCUGCUGGGCUUCUGCAUCAGCUGGCUGCUGCUGUGGCUGGACGGAGUCCUACACUGUGCCGUCAGGGCCUGGAGGGCGAGCCGCUACUACGAUACACCGUCCUGGUCAUGGCUGCCCCAGUUCUGCAAUCUUCGAGACCUCCGUCGCCGAGCCCAGCUCAGACAGCUGGAAGACUCCAGCGGCAACAUGGUGCACAUCAAGCAGAAGCUCUACCACAACGGCCACCCUAGUCCCCGCCACCUCUGACUCCAAAACACUAAAUAAUGAUAAAAGAAAAAUACCCCCAUUGACCCCCUUCCUCCUCUCCAAGACCCCUUAUCUCUUCCCAGACUGCCCCCUUGGCCAACUGUUGCCUCACAGACCCUGCAGGGGAAACUGCCCUCCCACUAUUCAUAACAUGGCCCCCCUAAACCCCCACGACAGGACUUUCGUAGGACUAAACCAGACCCCUGUCGGCACUUAAAAAAAGGGAAAGAAUAUCCCAAAAUGGAGCAAGAUGACGAUUAUUUGUUGCCACUGAAAUCUCGUCUUAUGUCCGUGUCCACCGUUGUGGGAGGAGGAGGAAGAAGAAGAAACAUUUUUAAGGGUGUUUUUUUUUUUCCUGUAUAGAAACAUUUUCUGUGUUCAUUGUUAAACUUGGCAUGCUCUUUUAGAACAGGGUAACAUGUGGGCAGCAUGUGGAAGGGGGGGUGGGGGGGGGGGGAGGCGAGACAGGUGUCAUGAAAUCUUUUCCUUUUCACUAUCGGGUGGGAGUGGGACUUUGUUGGCGUGGGGAGGGGCGCACUAGACUGCUGGGUGGGAGGGUUUUUGUGAUAGUUAGAUAGCCGCUUCUGUAAAUAGUUAUGAAUACAGGCAAAGGGGAUUUAACAGUCUUUAAAAAAAAUAAAAAAAGGGGGGGGGUGCGUGGGGGGAUUUCUUGUGUGAGUCGUUUGUCAAUAGGAAACCUAACGAUGGGCCUGUGUGGUUAGACCUGUAGGGACGGAACUGGAAGAAGACGAGUCUGUUUGAGAAACUGGAUGUGAAACCGUGUGACUUCUGCAACAACAACAAAAAGAACACAGAUUAAUUAGCUUUGUUACUUAGUGAGUUAACUGAAUGUAUUCAUUUUUCCUGUAAAUAUGUGAGGAGGAGGGGAGCGUGUGCGGUUGUGGUCGGGGGUUCUCUUUGCUAUGUUAUCAUUAAUUUAGUCGACGCGGGAGGAGAAAUAAAUACCAGCCAAGAUGAGUUCACACACACACACACACACACUUUCUUUAUCCAAUUCUUCACUUAUCAAGAGCAUCCAGCCUAUCAGCAGAGGGAACCCUCACCCAGCCACCCCCACACGCCCUCCCCUCCCCCCACCCCCCCCUCUCUGUCCAGACAUUGCUGUUGUGAGGAUGAAAUGUCUGUUUUAUUAAAAGUGCCGUUGGAGCACGCCAGUGA